AUGUCAUCAGAGCAAAAGAUUGCCGACCUGGAGGCACGAGUGUUGGCGGCAGAACGUCUAGCAGAAAAGGCCCACAGCCGCGGUGCAAUCGAGAACGUCUUCAGUAAAUACAUGCACCUCCACAACCACUUUCAAGACAAGCAGAUCAAAGCCCUCUGGGUCAGGCGCGGCACCGAAGGCGUCCAUAGCCAGUACACCAAUAAUGGCAUCUACACCGACUAUGACUCCAUAAUGGCCUACCACACCGGUCGUCCUUCGCCGAAAGGCAAACUGAUUCUCCACUACACCACCACACCGCUAAUCGAAGUCGCUGCCGAUGGCGAGACAGCCAAAGGCUUCUGGUGUAUGGCCGGUAUCGAAAGCGGGACCGCGGAUCCGGGUAAUGUUGGCGCUAUGCCGGAGUUCCUGUACGAGCCUGAGAGUGCUAAUGUGGAUGGGAAGAGGGUGUGGGCGCAUUGGGUGUGGUGUCAUUACGCUAUUGACUUUCUGCGACAGGAUGAGGAAUGGAGGAUUUGGCACUUUAGGUGUUUGGAGGUGGCCAGGGCGCCGUAUAGUGAGAACUGGAUCACUUUCUCUGGGAAGAACCAGGUGGCGUUUGAUAAGGAUCUGGCAUAUUUUGGCAAUGACGGCAAAGCUGUUUUCAUGCCUACCCCUGAUGCUCCUGUCACGAAGAAAGCUGAUGUCUUCGGCCUGGGACGAUCUCGGCAGCUCGAUGUCCCGCUUCCAGCACCGUACAAGACUUUUGCAGACGUAGAGGAAUACUGA